UAGGCUCUCUGCUAGACCUUUGCUUUGCUAACAGGGAUGGAAGUAGGCCACAGUGUUUUUAGUGGGUGUUGGCUAGAGUAGAAGUAUUGUCUGAAAGUUUCCCAUUUUCCUUGGUUACUCCUGGUUCUUUAGGUAGAGAAAGCAAGAUUCUUUUGUCUGCAUCAAUGGUGGUUCCAAGUUGAUAGUUUCCUCAUUGUGUCAUUCCUUUGUCCUGUGGUUUCCUGCUGGUCUGAUUUCUUCUUUGCAUUUUUGAGAGUUUUCUUAUAUUUGUUUUAUAUACAUUGUCUAGGGUUUUUAGCUAUACCUAGAAGGAGUAAUAGGGUACAUGAAUUUCAUCUUCCUGGAGACAGAAGAUAAAAGUUGCAGGGCCCCGGGUCCCAGAUAAAGAGCAUUGUAGAUGGUGACAGAGAGCAUGGCUUCAUGAUGUAGAAAUAAACAGAUAACCAGCAAAUGACUAGUCAGUUUCCUAUUAAACUUCUCAGGUUAUUAAAGAUAUUGUGGCUCCUGCCUUGUACUUUCCUGGAUCACUCACUCUGGGGGAAGCCAGCUGCUACCUGUAAAGAAACUCAAGCAGUCCUACACAAAGGUCCACACCAAGAAGGACCAAAGCCUCCUGCUUAUGACCAGCAUCAACUUACACAUUGUACAGAGGAAGAAAUUGAGGCAAAAAGGAUGUUUUCCCGCUUCAGCAUCAGCCAGCAAAAGGAGAACAUCAGAGAAAGAAAGAAAGAAAGAAAGAAAGAAAGAAAGAAAGAAAGAAAGAAAGAAAAGAAAGAAAGAAAAGAAAGAAAGAGGAGAACAUCAGAAAAAGGAGAACAUCAGAGAAAGAACAAAAGAAUCGAUCCUUCGCUUUGAGUUUCAAAUAGCAUAGGCUCUGACAUAAGACAAAAGAUCAAACAGAA